UAUAAAUCCAGCGUUCCAAUGGUAGUUUGAAUUCCUUGUGAUCGAUUUAUAGGAUGCAAUCGGUCCUCCUUGGCAGAUAAUCUUUACUGUCCAAUUUGGACGAAGCUCAGUAUGCGGCAAGCAUCUUCGAAAGCUCAUUUUCAUUGCUAAACACCAAACAGAACUGCUCAACUCAUAUUAAUUGCAACACAGGUUAGUACGGCUUCGUUCUCGUAUAUCAAUACAGGAAAAUGUAAGAGGAACUUACGAUCAGCGACGUACUGAAUUGUUCUCAUCAUUAUAAACACGAUGUUUCCAAUGACUUUCCAUGAAGAGGGACACUCAUUGAAAUUUAUACCCUUAGGAAGUAAAUCAGUCAUACAGAAAAAAGUUACUACUUGGUCAAUAAGUACUUUAUAGUUGACUUGAAAAGUUGCUUUAAUGGCAACAAACUAGAAACCAGAAUGAAAAAGAUAUUCUGCACAACCUUUUUCCACGUUCUUUCACGUUGUCUUUUGAGUGUCUUCGACUGAACAAAUCGCCAAAUAUAUAAUAAUCGCCCGUUUUCACAGUCGUUUUAAGAAUUUGUUGAUCAAAUCUACAUCUUCGGGGUUUGCAAAUAACAUAUACUUGGGAAUAUUUUCAAAACCUUAUACCUCUAUGACUGCUAACUUUCGAAUUCUCUUUAAACUCCACAUAGACUUUGGCAGUGAGUUUUGCAUGGACUUCUUUAAUUUGUGACUCAUCCACUCAAAUACGUUUUGCAGUUACAUUUUCUUUCAACUUAAAUUUGGAACGUUGGCAAACCUUGUUUAGAUAGCAUAGGGUGCUGACGAGUCGGCGAGCACGUUAUUUUACAGACCUUAAAUCUUUAGCUAUGUAUAAAAGAGACACACCAUUUGCUCUAACACUGAGAGAUUGACGACUCAAAAGCCUCAUGUAUAAUUUGCUUACACCUAUCAUAGAAUUGCAGGCGAUAUUGAACUGUAAUUUGGCUUACAUUUAUAUAGUGUUUUAUCCCUCAAUUUUUCAUUCCACAUGUCGCUCUGUAUAGCAAAUCUUGUUUAGUUAGGGUGCUGCACGAUUUUCGGUGAUAUCUUAGAUAUCUUUAAGUAGGUUUAGUUGUUUAUUUUGGAACUGGUAAUAACGUUGGCAUUUGACAUUUCAGAGUAACACUGUAGGCACGAACAUUCUUAUUAAGGACACUGUUUUAUUUUUACAAUCAUUUCAAAACGGUCGUCCGAGCCACGAGAAGGUCUAGCUGUUCCAAGGCAAACGCGGCACCUUUCUUUCUUAAACCCUGAGUACCAGUGUAUUGGUCCGGUCCAGGGAGUAGAACCCGCAACCUCACGCUCUGCGGACCAGGGGCUCGUUUCUCGAAAGUCCCGAUGAUUAACUGGGCCCGUAAAGCUGUUUGGGUUUACAUGAAAGAUAGACGUUUCAAUAGUUUUGCAUCUAACAUGAUAAAUCUUUCAGGUAACACAAAAAGUUUUUGCCUUAUUCUUAUUAAAUUUGUUUCGGGCCAGGCAUUUAACACCUGCAGAGUUUCAAAAUAAUGUUUUAGGCGUGCAGUUUCAAAAUUAUCUUAAUCGUGAAAAGGAAAGGUCUCUUUAACCUUUCAAGAGUCCCGUUCAAGUCAGGGAUAUUAGAGUUUUACGUCAGUUUUACAGCAACAAUAUCAUCAAAGGUAGGAAUUUUAAAGCGAUUAUUAUUAUAUGAAAAAGAAAAACAGAUCUAAAUAAGCAACCUGUUGAGAAAACAAAAUAUUUGCAUUGCAAAGCCUUGCUACUGCUUCAAUACUAUUCAGAGAAUUUUAGCGAUAAAUAUUAGUGCCCCCCGCAUUUCUUUGGUGCCUAGUUUUCUGAGCGACUAAUAUGUAAGAAAUAUGAUACGAUGAAGAAAAGAUAGAAAAAGGGACGGUUUGCCAGCGGGAGAAUAAUCAAUUUAAUCUUUAGCUUGUCUAUUUAAAAACUUUCUUAAACAAUUAGGUCUUUUGAUUUCAAUUAACCUCAUCAGUUGAAUCUUAUCGGAAACAAACUUAAGGUUAAAACGUCUUGACAUUGUUAGGAAGAAUAAACUGCUGGAAGAGAUUUCAAAACACGCGACAACGUGUUUUGAUCGGUAUGAUAUUGGCUAAUAAAUAUUGUUUUGCUUUGAAUUGAAUCACUCCAAUAAAUUACUUCUAUACUCGCUUCAUACCAUGAUUAAAAAGUGCGCAGGUCGGUAUGCUAGAAGAGUACGCUAACAGAACUCUCUACCUUGUAUGUUUCCUUUUCCCAAUGUAGACCUUCUUUAGGAAAGUAAAACCUACAAGCUUUGGAGGUUUGGUUUACUGAGCUUAUCGGUGAUUUCACUAGGAACCUGGAAUAGAAACUUGUCUUAACUAUUCAACACGCUAAUAACGCUUGCAGUGAUUUAAGUAACACUCUUUCCAUCCAGUGUUUAGUGGACAUCAUCACAGGAAUGACAGUUAAAAGGGUCUGGAUUGAGGGCGGGGGGUAACAAAAGUCAGUUGUUAGUUAAAAUUUUGGCCUUUUGUCAAUUGUCAGUUAAAUGAUUAUUAAUAUUUGACUAUGCAACUUAUUUGUUCAUUUUUGAUCCGAAAUUAAAUCCAAAAAGCUGUUUGUUAUUUAAACUCUACUUUUAAAGGGUGUAUUUUUGUGUUAAAACAUUUCGACCAAUCACAAGAGUUGCAAACAAUGGCCAAGAAAUGUUCACAAUUUUACAUGAUCCGCACAUACGAUUUCUGUGUUACUUAGACUCAGACGAGAUUUUGUUAUAAGGAAGUUGGAUAGAAAAAAAGGGAUUAAUAUACAUGCUGCUUUGCGAAGAUUUCGUAAAAUUUGAUGUUUAAACCAAUCAGAACCUUAGUAGAGACAAUAGAAAAGUUAGCACCUUUUUGCAUUCCGACGUGUUCACUGCGUUUUGGUCCUUUCCUUCUUAUCUGGACCAUUACUUAAUAUUUGACUAUGCAACUUAUUUGUUCAUUUUUGAUCCGAAGUUUAGCCAAAAAGCAGUGUUCUUACCUAGAUAUUCUACACUGGGGUCCACUGGACCCACAGAGAAGCUAAAAGGGGGUCACGAGGGAGAAAAGCAGGUCACAGUAGAUGAGUACAUCCUUCAAGAUGGCGGAGCUUUAGAACGCAUCAUUUCACACGUGAGCAUGCGCAGAAGUCGUCAUUUUUUGGACGCCACUGAUUGGGUGUUUUCUAAAGACGCCAUCACCAAUUAAUGUUUACGUACGUUUUCUUAUUUGGGCGUCGCCCAAAAAGUGUAAUCGAGAUCGCUCGUUUUGAUGCAAAGUUGCAAUAGGAACGCAAUAGGUGCGAACGUAAACAAGCCAAGUAAACAAGCCAAGUGACGCUAAUAUCUGCCACGCGAACGACUCGUAUAAGGUAAAAAGCAUGCCCGAAAGAAAGCUCCCGCAGCGUCUUCUUUUUUUUUGUUGUUGUUGUUGUUUAGCAUUGUUUUCCCUCUUUGCGCCCUUCGGACCCCUAUGGCUAAUUAUAGUUCUGCAUUUUCUGAAUGCCUGCAAUGCCGUGGUCUGGUAAGAACACUGUAAAAAGGAAUGUAUAACGUAAAUUAAAUAAUUAAAGCGAAAACUGAUGCAAUAGUACCAUAAUUUUUAUCUGUUUUGCAACUGAUAGCGUUUCAAGUGGCUUUCCAUUUCUCAAGUCUUCUGUUACUCUCGUCCACAGAAACGUUUUUGCUUGCCAGAGUCCAACAUUUCCAACCAUUAAGCCAAUCAAAAUUUAGACCUUCAGAAUAUUGGGACGCAGAUCAUGUGAAAGACGAGGAAAGACCGAAUCUGAAUCAUCUCGGUAAAAAUUUACAAUUGCAUUUGCAACAUGUAUGCUGGCGCGUUCUCUUGAGAUCAUGGGCAAUUUCCAAUUGAUGGUCCUUGACACGUGAUAGGCUUUACAGUAGAUCGCUACGGAAAUUUGCCUCUUUAUCGUCCUGCUGCUAAGAGUAUCCAUUUAAGCGUACAUUUGAUCACAUUGUCUGACGAAAAGAGUAGAACUUACAAUACUAUUAAAAGGCCAUAAAAAUCGGGUUUGUAGAAAAUAGAGGACAAUCAGGUCCUUUGUAAGUUGACAGUAAAACCUAAGGCAAAUGUCAGUUGUUGGUUAUAUCAAAGGUGAUUUGUCAGUUGUCAGUUAAAAUUUUGGCCAUUUGUCAGUUGUCAGUUAACCCCAUCCACACCCUCAGUAAAGCCAUUGAGACUCAAUUUGCAAUGCAGAGUGUCGAAUAACGACGAAAAUGCUUUAUUUGUUGUUCAUUCAUUAAACAAGCUGCAAUAUCGUAUGCCAAUUAUUGAGCAUCAAAUAUUGAAAGAUGUUGGACUAGGUAUUGUAAACAAAUGCCAAAUUAAAAUAUGACAGGGUAUCUGCCUAUUGACCAGCCCUGCGAGUAGAGUCUCUUUCUGUCUUCUUGUGUGAGACUGUAAAAAAGAGGCUCUGCCUGAAUCGCGUUAAAGCUUUGAGGUCGCUCUAGCCCAAAGUUCUGGACAAGUUAAUCCUGUUCUCUCUCGUCAAACUGGCUUUGCGAGCAUCCGUUGAUCAUAUAUAACCGAGCCCGCUUUAGCAAGCGCACAGCUGUUAGGCCUGGGUUCGAAACUAUAUCCUAGCAACAUGCCGCGCAUGCUCAACAAAGAUCUUAGUCGAUUCAUGCAAAGUCUUUCUUGAGAAAGCCAAAAGAAAGGUUCUGCUGGCAGGGUGCUAUUGACCGCUCACUGAGCUUUCAAAGUCCAUCCGAGGCCACUUCACCUUGCAAUUAAUUUCAGGUUGAAGGGAAUGACGUCACUUAUAAAGCCAGGUAGCUAAGCAUGACUCACAAGAAUCCUGGCCUACAUAAGGGAGGGGUCUGGAUAGGAAACUUCGCCUUUUUUUCUUUUUUCAAAAUCUAGUCAAGAUUUUUCAUUCAAUUAUUCAUUAAGGUCGUAGUCGUAAUUUUAAUAAAUGGUUGAUAGGUUUUGUAGCCUGUACACAGAAGUUGUUUUAUUUUUCUGUUCAUUCUUUUCAUCGGCGAGCUCGCGAGCGAAGUGAGCGGGCGAGAACGAGCUCAGAGCGCGAGAAAAUGAAAUAAAGAACUAUUUUAAAUUUCUUCUUCCCCCACCUCUACCCCUUUGCGCUGGUGUUCAAUAAAUCCCCUGCGGUUUAUAUUUUAUCACCCGCGCUUGACGGACUUUGAGGAUAAAUAGAGGUCUGUUAACAGGUUAGAGGUUUCGAAUGUUUUUCAUGAAUGAAUGUUAGGGGGAUGUUUUGCACUUUCACUGAACGUUGAUUACAAUCCGUUAGGUGCAGCAUCUCAGUAACUCACAAUGGAUGUGUCAGACAUACUCGUGCAAGAGCUGGUGGUAGAUGGCGUUGGUCAACCAAAUUACAGCUUACAAGUGCAGCUUUUUGAAGCUACAAGAAAAGGUGAUCUUGAGAAAGUCAGAAGCCUCUGUGGUCAGCUAAAAUGUGCAUUGGACUAUGUUGACAGUACUGGAAAAACCCCUUUACAGCUUGCUGGUGACCUGGAAAACGAGACUGUUCGAAAAGAAAUAAUCGAAGAAUUACUGAGUAGCGGAGCUGACUUGGAGUUCGCUUUACUACACGCAGUUCGCGAUAAUGAUGCAGAAAUGGUGGAAGUUCUUCUUCAAUUUCGUAAGCUAGCACUCCACUCAACACCAAAACGAUACGUAAACCCACUAAUUUUGGCGGCCUGUUUGCAGAAUUUUCGAAUCAUUACGCUGCUGCUGGAGAAUGGCUUCACUAUUGGUGAUACAAAAGGUGUCCAAUUGUCCUCCGGUUCUAAUGAAGUGUACAACGAAAAGCUUGAGCCAGCUGUAACCCGUUUGAAUGAAUACCGCGCACUUGCCAGCCCAUUGUUUAUCUCGGCGUCCUUUCUCCACGACGUGCAGAGUGGUCACGAUCCAGUUUAUCGCGCAUGCGUCCUGAACAAAGAGCUGCGUGAAACGGCUGAGCAAGAAUACGAAUUUAAAAAUGAGUAUUUUGAGCUCAGCGAUGGCUGUAAAGAGUUUUCCGUGGCUCUUCUGAAAGAAUGCCAUUCAAUGGAGGAAAUAAGAUGCGUGAUGGAGAUGCACGACAUAUCGGAUAAGGUGCUGCAUGUAAAUGGAAGCUUAAACAUUCUGAAGUUUGCUAUCGCCACUGGAAAUGACAAGGUACUGUGGGUUUUAUAAUAUUUUUUUUAAUCAGUACUUUACCAACAAAAAUUAAUUUUUGGGGUGUUAAAUGAUCACUAUCUUAUUCUUUCUUUUGGCAACCCUAAAACUGAGGGGAGCGCCCAUUGAAUACUAAUUUACUUGAAACCAUUAACUUUUAAUUACAAAUUUAUUCACAAAUCCACUUUAUUUUAACUCAAUGUCACGAAGGCUUGCUUAAAACAUACACUUUUCGCUGGUUUUGUUAACGACCAGUUUAUACGAUAUAUUUUUACCCGGCCUAUCGUUUUAACUGAUCCGUCCAAUGGAAGAGCAAAAAUGAAACAGUCGGUUUGAAACCUGACCCGUAUUUGCGUUUGCCAUAAACGUAAGUAAGGGCAGUGUUUGGUGCUACUUGGUCAAUCCUGCUACCAUAAAUUCCGCAAAAUUUUGUCUUUUAAAGACUGUUUGCAUUUUUAAAAUAAAAGUUUUAUUAAAGUUUCCAUGGAAUUCACCCUGUAAAUAGUACUCCUUUCACUUCUAUACAUUAUUUUCCACGGUAAUAACUUUAAAUAUUUUUCGUUUGUGUACCUAACUUCUAGUUUGUCAGCCAUCCCUUCAGCCAGCUGAUAUUAAACACAGAGGUCUACAGAAAUGCUUCCUUCAUGGAGAAGAGCGCCUGGAAGCAAGCUGUGCUUAUACUACUGGCGGCUCUGUCAUACCCAUUACUAUUCGUGGUCUGGUUUCUUUUUGAGAUCUGUUUUCCAAGUCAUGAUGUGGCCAGAAUGUUCCAUUCUCCAUGUGUGAAAUUUCUCAUUUAUUGCGGCUCCUAUCAAACGUUUCUUUUCCUGCUAGCCUUUGCAUCUUUUCAUUUUCAGAGUGGGUUUCUAGACUACAGCAUAACAGGUAAAUGAAGUGGAGGAAAACCAAGAGAUUCUACCACAAUAUAAAUAUAUAUGUAUAUAUGAUACAUGACUGGCACAUUGAAAACCCAUAACCCAUUGUCGUAAAACUGUUGGUAUUUCUCCCGCGAACGUCACCUAUUGAUAUGAGGCAACGAGAAUUGCAUUGGUUCUAGCAACAAAAGAUUCUUUUGUCUCACUUGUUCCAAAUUAGAAUAACAAAACAAUGUUUGUAAACAGUGAUGUCUCCCAUUUAAGUUUCGUUUCAGCUCAGUGUCGAAAACAUUUUAUGUCACACAUACUGAGAUGACUAUUCACUGUAAAACCACGAUGCAGUGGCAGAUCCAAACCUUCAGAUAAGGGGGGGGGGGGGCGGUCAUACAGACCCUGAAAUAAGGGGGGCGGGGAGGUGUCAAGAAAACCUUUUUUUGGUCCUUCGGGCCCCAGUUUGGUCUAAAAAUAAGGGGGAGCCUGGGCCCCCGGGCCCCUCCCCUGGAUCCGCCACCGUGUCGUAAACUUUGGUACGCAAAUGAGUUCCAGCCAAUCAGAGGAGCAUACGAAUUUCUCCUGUGGCAAGCUCCUCCAAUCGACAGAAACCACACCGUUGCCAUACUAGGGCUGAUUUGAAAUCCACCGGCUGAAAUGAUUCCCAGCAUGUGCUGGAUUGGGCUUUCGAUGGGGCUGUUUUGGCUUAAAAUCUUUUUUGUUAUUAUUAUUUUACAGUGUAUACUCUAACCCGUAUGAUAAUUUUAAACAUUAGCUUUUGAAAGUUUACGUAGUUUUUCUUGUCACUUCACGAUGUUUGGCGGCAAAUAUUUUAUCACUCACUAAGUUUUUUUUAUCACUUUUUAAAGAUUGGAUUGUCCUCGUUUAUGUCAUUGGCCACCUAAUAGACAUCAUCAAAGACGUUUAUCAACAAGGCAGAACUCAUUUCUUUUCUUCUCACUGGAACUAUCUGGCUGUAGCUUCAGUGACGACAUUUGUUCUCCACUAUGCCAUUUGGUGGACAGGCCGAUCAAUUCUUACAGGUGAUCUACAAUCAAUGAAAUGGGAAAACCAUGCUCAUGAUCGCGGGUACGCAACCAUGCUCGUCUCGUACUGCGUUUUCUCUGUUGCAAUCCUGUUGGCUUUUGCACAAAACCUGUCAUUUAUUCAAGCUAACUCCAACACUGGUCCACUACUACAAGCUUUCAUAAGGAUGCUAAUAGACGCGGCCAAGUUCUUCCUGUAUUUUAUUUUCGUCUUUGUGGCAUUUGCUGUUAGUUUUGCGAAGCUGUAUUUGCAAUAUGACAAAGCCAGACAGCAUUUUCAUUUGAACAAAUCAGGAACAAAUCAAAGCGAUCCUCUACAUCUAGAAAGGUGCGUAAAACUGACAGUGGUUAUAUAGACUUCCGCUUUAUUCACAUAAUUAUUCUCUACUCAGUCAUCGAUGUAAAUUUAAUUGAUUAACAGCGGGAAGGAGGGGGUGGGGGAAGGAUCAUUUUCCUACUGUUAGGAAGCGACCCCCUUGUAUGAGAGGGACCAGGAAUUAACAUCUCUUUUAGGACAAGACUUUUAUUCAUCUAACUUCAACUGCUGAUGCUUAGUUAGCUUCUCGCACGAUACUCUAACGCAUUGACAACGUUAAUUUGAAGGUUGUAUUACUGUCUACGCGCAUUCCAGUGGUGAAAGCAUGCAGGUAGAUUCUAAAAGACUGCACUGCUCUCUCUAGCUCUGAGGCCAACCGACCUGCUUACAAAAAAAUCCAACCAAUCAAAACCUCUUGUUUAAGAUCUACUUUUGUUUCGUACUCUCCUCAACAGCAGCGUGGCUUCUUUAACUUAGAACUCAUAAGAAUGAAUGAAUUGUGGACCUUUCAUAAAGCGAUUUGGUUAUAGAUUCUACCAAUUACGUGCAAUUGUUAUUAUUAGGUGCUCCUGUUAUGAUGAUGAUUUUAAACUCCAUUUUCCACUUGUAGAUUUGGCAACAGCAUUGGUACUAUCUUUUGGACGCUGUUUGGUCUCAUUGACGAAAACAGUUUCAAAAUAGACGUGGAUGGUUACGGCGCUGUAUGGAGAACAGGCAUGACGUUGUUCGGUGCAUUCAAUAUCAUUGUGGUUCUGGUGGCCCUCAACAUGCUGAUCGCGAUACUUAAUGAGUCAUACACCAGAAUAACGGUAAGUCAGAAUUAUACCCUGUGUAAACAAAAGUUUUGCUUUUUAGUUUUAACUGGUAAUUAACUGCAGCCAGGAAGCUUAGGUUGGCCCCUCGCAGCUCCUCUCUAAAGGUUAUGCUGCAACAGCUUUUUUUUUAUAAUCGAGGGGGUUCUUUUUUUUUAAACUCUUGGGAACAUUUCACUUGUUGUUCAAAGCCAAUGUCUGGCUUCUUCCAGAAAAAUAUCUAUCCCUUCAUUGGCUUUAAGAUCCCAAAACCACUCGUGGUUACAGAAAUCGUUCAAGGAAUGCCACAAAAUAAUUAUACCAAGCUUAGAUCUAAUACUUACGAUACAAUUGAAGUUUCGACCAUGAAACUAUUCCGAUAUGUUAAGCACAAGGAGUUGUAAGGGCUCAUCAAAAGAUAUUAAGACUACAAGGUUGACCCCGACCUUGAAAUUUUUCAAACAGGAAAACUUGGAUACCGAGUGGAAGUUCACGAGGACAAAAAUAUGGCUCAGUUGGAUUUACAAGAAAGGUGUUCUUCCACCGCCAUUUAAUAUCCUAUACUUGCUGCUUCCAGUCCACUGGUUAAUAAAGCAUCUUUUAGCAGCAUGUUUGCCUGGACAUUUCGUAAGUAACAGUUUAUAUAUGUAUCGAGAUAUUUAAAUGGGAUACAUUGUUUAGGGCUCUUUCUAGGGAAUCAUUUCCAAGGCCAGUAAAAAAUAAACGGUAAAUACAGCAGGUAGUAAAUUAUUGAGGUGAUAUAUAUCAUACAAGUGAAAUAAAUUAUGGAUUUAAAAUUCCCUGAAAGAAUAAAGAUAGCAGAAAAUAAGUGUGCCUCAAGUACAUAUUAUCAAAAAAGGUCAUCAGUAUAUACACAGUCAGUGGUCUGGUUUCAAAAACUCUGCUUGAAAGUAGUAAACAAGGCAAAGAACGAUACACGAAAAGAAUGCAGCCCACCUCCAUCGCACCCGUCACUGUCAGCACUUGGGAGGAGCGACGCAUACACAAAGAAAAACAUUUUUUACCGAAUUGUCGAGUUGACAAAGGCAAAUAAAGGUCUACCCUUUUUCAAUUGAGGUGAACGAAAGGGGUAAAACUAUAAUUUGACAUGUAUGAAAAUUCCGUAAAGAUAAAUUUGUGCGCACGCAUGCAUGCGCAUGUACUGUUUAUGGCUACAUGUACGUUUUUUACGCAUGAAUUGAACCGUCAAUCAAAAAAAAAUCGUUUUUAAUGGUUUUCUUUGUGAUUCCGUUGUGAUUCCUCUUGUGUAUAUACUAAAAUAAUUAUAUUUUUGGUGUCGGUGAAUAGGGGCCGUAGAAAUAUUUACCUUGCUGCUUUGCGGCAACUACUGCCAAUACUCACUUUGAUUUCAAAGAAUAAUUGUUAAAUAUAGAGAGACUGAUUAUCCCUCUUUUCUCUUCCUCUAGUCCUCUUUAAAACGGACGAAAGGAAAACCCUACGGAACAAUCCGGAAAAACAAAAGGAUCGAUGUGAAGAAGGUAUGUUGGCCUUGAAAGAAAAAUUGUCAUUUGUACCCACGGAGCACUUAGAGGUUCAUAUGAACUCGUGGAAACGUGUCUGUAAGUUCCAGAUCGAAUUGGAAUUUGCAAGUGUUGGUUUUAAGGAGAGGGGGAAACCGGAGUACCCGGAGAAAAACCUCUAGAAGUAAGGGAGAGAACCAACAACAAUCUCCGCCCCCAUAUGGCGUCGACGCCAGGAUUCGAACUUGGGCCACAUUGCUGAGAGGCGAGUGCCUUCAUCACUUCGCGACCCCAAGUUUAAUGAGGAUGAUGUUCAUUCAGCCCAUGACACAGUAGACUCGGGAAAAAAUUCCGAGUUCUCUCAACAGGAGUCAAAUCUAUUAUUUUCUGGCUGCUACAAUCCUGGACAAAAUUCCUUGGGACAGUAAUGCAGCAUUCAUAAUUUUCUGUACUUUCUGCUUGUCCUCCUUUUCGAAAUUUUCUUGCAGCUCUUCUUUCAUCCACCCUGCACAAAGUUGAUACUCAGAAAAAUUUACGUACGUCCAACGUUUUUUUUUGGGUGGGAGAAGGGAUUGGGGUGUGUAAAUUGAAAAAAGCCCCACGAAUGCACAAGUGUCCCAAAUCUUCUGUCCAUGAUUUUACCGCUUCAGAUGUUCCGAAGCUGAGCUACAGCAGAUUCAGUUGGGGCACAGCUAAAGCCAUUGACAGACAUCCUGCUUAUACUGGAAGGACUAGAAUCAAAAUGUUUCGAUUCGGAGUGAAAUAAAUAUAACAAAAUGGCAAUCUUAAUAUGUGGGUGAAACGUAUGACUCAGAAAAUUGGAGUCCUCUAAAAAGCUCCGAUAAGUUAAGUCACCUGUUGCUCAGUGGUAGAGCUCCUGGACUAAUAAGCAGAAUGUCAAAGGUUCAACUUCUGUUGGCUAAACUUUUUUCGAGUCGUAUUCUAAUAUAUUAACCAAACUUACAAUUCACUAUAACAUUUAUACUACGCAAUCAAGUUAUGUGUUUACUGCACCGAUGUUACUUUAAAAAUUAUCGACAGCACCAAAAAAUUCUCAGACACCAAAAAUAAUGAAAACAGGUGCAUCCUCAAACACAAUAGAAAAGUCAAAUUCGUUUGCUGCUCAUAUGAAAUGAUAGACGACGAGCUUAAUAUUACGCUAUGUUUUAUUAUUAUUAUUAUUAUUAUUUAUUUAUUUAUUAUUUUUUGUGUUUGCAUUUUUAAAGAGAAGAGAGAUGAUUCGCCACCUUGUCCUAAGGUACCUUGCAAAAAGAUCGAGCGAUGCAGAGACCAGGAACCAAUCUACCACUUCUGACGAAAAAGAAAAGAAAGGGGAGGCAACUAAGAAUCAAAAAUUGGAUAGCAGUCAAUCAGACAUAACUGAGGCCAACUACGAAUCGAAUCUGUAAAAGAGUUAAUACUGUCCUCAUUCUCACACCACACGCCUCCUUCUUUGCUCUCAAUAAACACGGCUGUUCCGUUGCCCUGGGAGAGGGAGGGGCCGAAUCUUAUUAGGGAGUUCUAGCAACGACGACUUCGACGGCAACGAGAACGAGAACGUCAAAACAGCAAUAGGUUUAUUAAGAAAAACAAGUUUGCGCGUGCAUCACGUUUUUUUGUACAUUUCAUUACCGUUGCUGCACGACUACGACGUGAAAAUGCCUAAUUUCACGUUUUAUUGAGAACGUAAACAAGUGACCACGAAAUUUUCUUUCUCUUUGUAAACUUGAGUGUUGUCUCAAGAAAUCAACUCCCGGGAAAUUUGCCUACAUUAGAAAUUUUCAGCGAACUGGAAUAAACGCGAUGAGGUUUGAAAAACACUAGUUCAUUUUAAAACUGAUGUGUUCGCUGCCGUAGCCGCCGUCGAUGCUAAAACUCCCUGUUUAAAACGGGAAGGAAACGCCCGUCAGAAAAGUAGAACUCAGUCGUAACAGGAGUCCAUUCUGGGCGUAGUUCAGGCCUUGUAUGUUACCUAAAAUAGGCUAAACGAAAACAGAGAAGCAGAUAAGAACUACAGCGAGUUAAUUGCCCUUAUUUUGGCCUCGAAUGCUGCCUUCAAAAGUGAAAGUAUGACAACGUUUGUUUUUUCUUUCCUUGUAAUUUUUUAACACAAAACCCCAGACCAAAGCUGUAUAGGUAAAAAAAAAUUGUUUUCCUAACUAAACAUUCUGCGUUGUAAGUUAAACCAAACGCUGCAAUUUACACCCCUCGGCGAGACGAGGAGCAUUUCCGUACCUUUAUUCCAUAGGAUUUUCCCCCUGGCCUUAUGAGGAGGUUAUGGGGUCACCCACCCCUGACAAAUCCCGUGUUGUAGAUUAAUUUUCCCAUGAAACUAUCCCCUGAGAAUAGUCCUCAAGUUUCCACUAGAAGUAAGCCUUAAAGCUACAUCCAAACGGAGGUAACAACUACCAACUUUGUUGGCCAAACAAAGCUUGGCCGGUGCCAAAAUUUGCCCAAGAAACGCAACUUUACAGCACAGUAAUUUUUAGGGAGUUAUUAUAACUGCAAAAAUGGGGUAAAAAUUUUAGGCAUGGAUAACUCCAUUUUUGGGGUUAGUAUUAACUCCUCAAUUUUGACUCUACAUCUGAGAUUACUUUAACUCUAGAAGGAGAGUAUUUUUUACUCCCUCAGAGGAAGAGUAAUUGGGGUUAAAUUAACUCUCCUCAUUCGCGUUGUUUCCCAUGACAGGAGUAGCUGACUUCUAAGUAAAAACUCUUCCUGAAAGAUAGGUUUAGAG